AUGGCUCACCCUAGCGAUAGUGAAGCUUGGAAGCAUUUGGAUAGAUCCUUUGACGAAUUUGCAUCUGAGCCUAGGAAUGUUCGGCUCGGUUUGUGUACCGAUGGUUUGGUCCACAUGGAAAGUUUGGGGUCAGUAUUCAUGUUGGCCGGUCAUCUUAACCCCUACAACUUGCCGCCAUCGAUGUGCAUGAAGAAACCCUUCAUGUUCCUUUCGUUGCUCGUUCCUGGUCCUAAAAAUCCGAAGGGGAACUUGGAUGUGUACAUGCAACCCUUAAUCGAGGAAUUGAAGCAAUUAUGGGAUGUUGGAGCAACUACUUAUGAUAUUUCUAGGAAACAAAAUUUCAAUAUGCGUGCUGCCAUUCUUUGGACAAUAAGUGAUUUUCCUGCGUACGGUAUGCUAUCUGGUUGGGCUACAGCUGGGAAAAAGGCAUGUCCUUACUGUUUGGACAAAUCUAAAGCUUUUUGGCUCGACCAUGGGGGUAAAGUUUCUUGGUUUGAUUGUCACCGUCAAUUCCUACCCCUAGAUCAUCCUUUUCGUAACAACAAAGUAGCUUUUUGCAGAAAUAAGGUUGAAAAAGGAUCUCCGCCACACAUCAUGUCUGGGGAAGAGUUGUGGUCCUGUGUUAAAGACUUGCCAAAGGCUACAGAUGGGCCCGAAGCACUUAAUACUUUGAAAAAGUUGAAAAAAGGGUGGUUCAAACAAAGCUGUCUUUGGGAGCUCCCAUACUGGAAAUCUCUCCAUCUUCGUAACAACCUUGACGUCAUGCACAUUGAGAAAAACUUUUUCGACCAACUAAUUCACACAAUUAUGGAUGUGAAAAAACAGACAUCAGACACUGUUGCAUCCAGAAAAGACAUUGCUAAAUUGUGUAAAAGGCCUCAACUUCAUGUUACCAAGGAUGCGAACGGAAAAGAAACUCCACCAAAAGCGCCUUUCGCACUGGACAUAGCCCAAAGGAAAGUAUUAUGCAACUGGGUGAGAGAUUUAAAAUUUCCAGAUGGUUAUGCGUCCGACUUAACAAGAUGUGUGGACAUGCAGUCCGGUAAGCUGCACAGUAUGAAAAGUCAUGACUGUCAUGUCUUCAUGGAAAGAUUGUUACCGAUAGCAUUAAAGGAGUUGCUCCCGGUUCAUGUGUGGAAAGCUGUUACUGAGAUCAGCCUCUUUUUUCGUGAUUUGUGUUGCUCCACCAUCACAGUAAGAGACAUGGAAAGAUUGGAAAAGAACAUAGCCGAGAUCAUUUGUAAACUUGAAAAGAUUUUCCCACCAUCAUUCUUCAAUUCCAUGGAACACUUACCGGUUCACCUUCCACGCGAAGCUAGGCUAUGUGGUCCCGUACAAUACCGUUGGAUGUAUCCCUUUGAAAGGUUCCUUAAUCAUUUAAAACGCAAAAUUGGUAACAAGGCUCGUGUGGAGGGUUCUAUUUGUAAUGCGUACUUGUGCGAAGAGAUUGCAAACUUCUGUUCCAACUAUUUUCAGCAAGGAGUGGAUACUAAGACACGAGAUUUAGGCCGUAAUGUCACUAAUGAAGUUGAUAGGAUGCUCGAUGAAAAUGUCCCAGAAUUAUUUAGAGUUGAUUGUGGUCGGCCGUCAAACGCGGUGGAAAACGAUUUUUAA